AUGACUUUGACGGCAAAAGACAGGAUGAAGCUCCAAAUUCCCGACGGCUCUGUGAUCGAGAACAAGACACCGAAAGAUAGAAAUGAGGUUGUUCCUUUCAAUUUGCAAAGGGAGAUACUUGUUCGACUGCCUCAUAGAUCGUUAGUGAUAGUGAGAUUCUAUUGUGUCUGUAAGAAUUGGGAUUUGGAAGUUCAUGAGAAAGACUUUAUAGAUUUUUACUAUCUCGGGUCAAUGAGAACACCUCGACUGUUGUUGAGUAUAACACCCCCAACCAGUGAUGGAGCUAGAGAGACGGAGCUAGAGAGGUGGCAGGUGGGUCAGCUGACGUGA